GACUGGUUGCUGUCCUGAUCGUGAAUUAGGUUCUAGAAGAUCUUGGAUGGGUCUUCGAUGACGAGAAGUCAGGCACUCAAGAUCACCCCCAAAACCACCCAAAAGUUGAUGAUGACAGCUUCUUCUCUGACGUCGUUGGAAUUUUUUGACAGCCCCAGAUCCACAGUCGUUUGGCACGUUGCUUGGCAUCUGCGGGGGUGGUUUUAGCGCGAUGCAGACCCGCCGACCAGUUGAACUUCGGGGGUUGCUAUCCGGGUCGCUGGACCACAGCCUCAUCAAGAAGCCAUUGACCAGUCAAAAGGCCGCGCCAUCUGUCUUGUCAUCUGUUCCUCCUGAGUGUUCAUCCAGAGUUUGGUCUUUUCUAUCUGUUGAUUUGUAAGAUACCUCGAGAGGAACAGAACAUCAGAAAUCAGACGGUUUCACGACCAAAACGUGGCCAACCUGUCAUCGCCCGCUCAAUCUCACUGAUCUCACUCCAACACGUUCCCCAGCCAAUCAUCUAGUCUCACCCACAUGUCCAACUCCUCCAACCCGAACCCGAGCAGCAGCAGCAGCAGCUUGUUGACACCCAGUCCCUCCUCCCCAGCCGGGACCCCCACACCCUUCGGAUCCAACGUUCCGACACCACAUGGUGGCCAGAACGUGCCACCACAACCACCGGCUCCCGUCCCCACCAUCGUGACCCAUCGACAGCAGCAGCCACCGGUGGGCUUGACGUACACGGGCCGAAGGACGCACAAAAAGAGCCGCACCGGUUGUGCCAUCUGCAAGGCACGCAAGAUCAAGUGUGACGAACGCCACCCGUCAUGUCUCAACUGCAUCUCGCACGGGGUCGAGUGCCCUUUUCUUACCGCUCCGCCGGGGACCGCCACUCCAAUCACGCUUGGGAUUCCUAACAGAACCAGUGGUGCGAGGCAUGCUGCCAAAACUGCCACGAGAGCGUCCCGCUCGCCGUCGUCGCCUUCGGGUCCGUAUCCUCACUCUCAGUCGGUCGAGUCGGAUGUUUUGCCGCUGUUGGAGCUGGAGCUACUGCACAACUUUACCUCGAGGACAUAUCUCACCCUGGCGUCUGACGCUGGCGUGCGGGAGUUUUGGCGGGUGGAUGUGGUGGACGCGGCGCUAAAGUGUGAUUUCAUCAUGAGGGCUGUGCUGGCGAUUAGUUCGUUGCAUCUUGCUUACCAUCAGGAGAGCUCGGAGAGGAGGGAUUUUUAUACCGCGCAGGGGAUGGUGCUGCAUCAGAAGGCGAGCAGGGAGGCGAUGAAGUAUUUGAGUGAUGACGGGCAGCAUCAUCUGCUGCGGGUGGACAAGGAUGCGGCUGCGAGGUUGUUUUUGUUUAGCAUGUUGACGAUAUAUUUUGCAUUGGCAAGUCCGAGGAGGCCUCACUCAGAGGGGGGGUCCUUUUUCAUCAACGAAACAUCGUCUUUUCCAGAGUGGACGUUUCUUGUUACGGGCGCCAAAUCACUGAGCAGUGUCCUCGGGCCGAGAGGCCACGAGACAAUGCUAGCGCCGUUUCUCGCGUAUGGAGGGCAGAGGUGGAGGACGCACAGAGCAAAGAUGCAAGAGAGCCAGAUGGGGGAGGCGUGGGGGCCGCUGUCUGCUCUGAGACAAAAUAUCCUGGGUAGCAUGCAGAAACAAGAAGGCCAGGAGGGUGCCCAAGAGCGGCUGGCUACGUAUAUACACGCUCUUGAUGAGCUGGAGUUAUCGUUGGUGAUCAUCACGCGAGAACAGAAUGGAGAAGGGGCGGAGGAGGAAAAGGAUGUGUUGGAUGCUAUGCUGUGGUUGUGGGAGGUGUCAGACUCGCUUGUGCCGCUGCUCAAGAUACCCACACCGGAAGCGGUGGCCAUCUUUGCGCAUUUUUGCAUACUGUGGAAACAUCAUGAGAGGACGUGGUGGCUUCAGGGAUGGGGGGACCACUUGGUGGAGAGGGCGCAUGAGAUCUUGGAUGAGGAGCACAGGGAGUGGAUCGAGUGGCCUAUGAGGGUUGUUGGGCUUGGUUUGGGGCGAUAGGUUUUACUUACCUCACACUACAAAAACCUAUGGAUACAUGAGGGUAAUAGAUUUGGAUAUGAUGCCACUAU